CCCACUCUUCCUUAACCUUCUAAACUAUACAUCACUUCCUUCAAACUUUCAAUUCACUCUCUCUCUUCUCUCUUUUGCAAAUGUCUCAAAUCACAAUAGAAUCUCCAAAGCACUGUGCCAACAAACAAGGACUGAAAAGAUUUGAGAGGAACUACAAGAAACUCUUCUUUGCAUUCUCAGCAUUCUUAACUACAAUUCUAGCACUGAUUCUCCUCAUUUAUCUCAUCCUUCACCCUUCAAAGCCUCAAUUCUCACUCAAAGAACUUGACAUCUACCAACUCAACCUCUCAGGUCCAAAUCUCAACACCACCAUCAACCUCACCCUCCUCUCCAAGAAUCCAAACCAGAAAGUUUCCAUCUACUACGACGAAAUCGUAGUUUAUGGAAGCUACAAGGGACAACAGAUAACUGGUGACACUUAUGUCCCUCCUUUCUACCAAGGCAAUGAAGAGAGUAAUCUCUUAACUGCUUCUUUGGUUGGAAAUGGUUUACCUGUGUCUCCUUCAAUUGGUUAUGAGUUUGGGCGUGAUCAAAGUUCUGGAAGACUUGUUUUGAACCUUAAGGCUAAUGGCAAGCUUCGUUGGAAGGUUGGAACAUGGGUCUCUGGCCAUUACAGGUUCAAUGUCAAUUGUGUUUCUUUCAUGGCUUUUGGACCCUCUCUGCCUUCUCCUUCUCCUCCUCUGGCUUCAAAGCAGGCUUCUCAGUGUUCUACCACACUUUAGACUUACCAUACCAUCCGUUUCAAAAUGAAAGAAUUAUUAUAGUUCUGAUUAAUUACAAUACAAUCAUAUAUAUCAUAGCGAGUUCUUCAAUCUUCAAA